UCCAGGAAAAGAGAAAAUUAAGCUGUCGCCCGUUGGACUUGGGGGAACGUCGGAACGGACCAUUCGUACGUUGCAAAGAAUGCGUAGCCAUUGUUGGUGCUGCGAUCGUUAGUUUGUAGAUCCGAGAUCAUCAUGGGUACGGAAAAGCAUCCGAUUAUAGAAGUCCCAAGGAAAAUGUCUACGGACUUCGGUGCAGGGUACUGAUAAAAUAUCAAAAUAAAAUAAUCGAUGCAAGGUGAAAUAAUUAUCGGACAAACGUGAGUGGGUUGCCCUGAAUAAAUUGUAUGAUAGUGCGAGUGAGGUGACGGAGGGCGGGCAGCGGCUGGCGGCUGGCGGCGGGGAACGGAUCGGCCAUAACACCAAGCUAGCGAGCCAGGGAGAAAGCGUAGAGCGAGUUCCGAGGCGUAGUGGUAGUGUUUUUGAUAAAAUUCCAAUUGAAAAACCGUCGGCAAUCAUCAGAAACCUCUUUUCUGAAGAGCGAGAGAGUCUAACAAUCGAUAUCAGAACGUCGUCAAUAGACACGAAACCCGAGGAUAACUGAAUGUUGCUAAAGUCGCAAGUCUUGGCCGGAGGUACGGCGAAUCGCUGCAGCGUACAGGGCUGACAUUGGAGCCGCCGUUAUUCGGUAGGCUUGAGUAGUGUUAUGCCUCCUUGGCACCAACCUCCCAGGUCGCAGCCCUAUCAUCUCGGCAACCAAUUAGCGAGCUACGAUGCUCAAUUCCGAGUAUAUCCUUGCCCGCUUGGUUGUUGACGAAGCCUCGUAGUGUCAAGCAGCGUAACGUUGACGUAAAGCAGUUGCAACCUGCUGCGUAGCAUUUAUGUACCAUAUAUGUCGGAAAGAAACGAAGCCAAGAUGCAGCAGGUGGACACUAUAUCGCAGAACAACUCGUUAGAUGUGGAGGAGCGAGAGAGGCUGUGUAAUAUACCCAAGACGAGCGCACCUGGCAAAACGUCGAAUGCACCGGCUAUUCCUCCAAAGGAACCGCCUCCGAGGGAUGAGCCGCCCGUCGAGCCGGUAAACGGCAUGGUACAGCCACCUGUAGUUCCACCACCUAAUCGACCUGGUCGCGUUACCAACCAGCUUCAAUAUCUGCAAAAGGGUGUCCUCAAACCAAUAUGGAAACACCAGUUUGUCUGGCCUUUUCAACAGCCGGUAGAUGCCAAGAAGCUGAAUCUGCCAGAUUACCACAAAAUCAUCAAACAACCGAUGGAUCUUGGCACUAUAAAAAAACGGUUGGAGAACAAUUACUACUGGACUGGAAAGGAGUGCAUCCAGGACUUUAACACAAUGUUCACCAACUGUUACGUGUACAAUAAGCCAGGAGAAGAUGUGGUUGUGAUGGCGCAAGCUCUGGAAAAAUUGUUUCUCACUAAGGUGGCACAAAUGCCAAAGGAGGAGGUCGAGCUAGAUCCACCAGUCCCGAAGGGACUGAAGGGUAAAAAGGCCGUGACAGGAAGACUCGGCGCUGGUCCAGGAGUGACAGUCGGUGCUGGACGAGGUCGACCAUCCUCGGUUGCAGCAGCUGUAAGCUCGACCGUUCCGAAUAGUCUUACCCCUUCAGCAACGUCCGCUGGAACGACAGGCAUCAUUCCGAUGCCUCCCCUUGGCACUCAGGCCCCGACGUCAGUGCCUGGAAGCACAAACACCACGACGAUAGCACCGCCGGCUAGCAUAGGAGUUGCGCCUAUGGCUACACACAACUCUCUACCCCAGCAAGUUGUACCUCCUACAAGCGGCUACCACGCCCAACCUGCAAUGGAGACGCAGGCUGCACCGGCUCCUGCGACUGCUGCUCCUCCUCCCCCACCUGUUCCUGCUGCUCCUACAGUUAUGCCACCUGCGCAGCCCGCCAAGCCCAAGAAAGGAGUGAAAAGAAAGGCCGAUACAACAACGCCAACGGCAAACUCUUUCGAACCGCUAUAUCACCCUCCGCUAGAAUCGAAAAAUGCAAAAAUUUCGACGAGACGGGAGUCAGGGAGACAGAUCAAGAAGCCAACGAGGCAAGCGGAAGACGGCCUGGUGCCGUUCCACCAGGCCAACAUGCCCCUGAUGGGGCCGAUGGCCCAGAAGCCACAACAUGCGGGCAGCAAAUCCAACGAGAAGCUGUCAGAAGCCUUGAAAUCCUGUAAUGAAAUAUUGAAAGAGCUGUUCUCUAAAAAACAUUCGGGUUACGCGUGGCCAUUUUAUAAGCCUGUAGAUGCGGUUCUCCUCGGCCUCCAUGACUAUCACGACAUUAUCAAAAAGCCAAUGGAUCUAGGAACUGUCAAGCACAAGAUGGACACUCGUGAAUAUAAGACGGCGCAAGAAUUCGCUGGGGACGUACGACUUAUAUUUACCAAUUGCUAUAAGUACAACCCUCCAGAUCACGACGUCGUCGCAAUGGCAAGGAAGCUGCAAGAUGUUUUUGAAAUGAGAUAUGCAAAAAUUCCUGACGAACCUUUGAGUGGGCUGGUUGGUAUAAACGGCAGCAGUACCAGCGGUACAAGUUCGGGUUCGGGGAGUUCAUCCGAAAGUGAUGAUUCCGAUGAAGAGCGUACCGAAAAGCUUGUAGCGCUUGAACGAGAGCUAAAAGCAAUGCAGGAACAGAUGAGAAAAUUAGUGGAAGAGAGUGGUAAGAAAAAAAGUAAAAAGAAGAAACCGGAGAAAGCGAAAAAGUCAUCAGGUGGUGGUAAGGGGGGAAGUCUUGGUGCCGGUGCUGGUCACAGUGGGGCGAUGAAGGAGCUGAUGAAGCCCGGUGGUAGAAUUCCCAGUGUAUCGGACAGCGUAGGGGCGAGUAUAGCGAGUGUUGCGAUGGGUGCAGGAGAUCUGAAGAUGCCGAGUACGAUGGCUACGGAUAUCCAUCACCCAGCGAUCGCUGUUGGACCCAACAAGGCGCAUUCCGGACCUGGAAUUAGUCACCAUUUACCCCCCACAAUGAAUGCCAAGCCGAAGGGAAAGGGACGAGGACCGGGCAAAGCUGCAACGGCUAAUACAGCAAACAAGAGGUCUAAAGCCAAUAGCAGAUCGACUGGAAACAAAAAGAAAAAUGCCAGCAGUCAACCACCUAUUUUGGCCUUUGACUCAGAGGACGAGGACAAUGCCAAGCCGAUGUCCUACGACGAGAAGAGACAACUCAGCUUAGAUAUCAAUAAACUACCUGGCGACAAGCUGGGCCGAGUUGUACACAUUAUUCAAUCGCGUGAGCCGUCUUUGAGGGAUUCAAAUCCUGACGAAAUUGAAAUUGACUUUGAAACUCUGAAGCCGUCUACACUUAGAGAGUUAGAGAGUUACGUAGCUUCCUGCCUUCGAAAAAAGCCACAUAAAAAGAUUAGUGGUAAACCCAAGGACGAACAAAUGGCUGAGAAAAAAUUGGAGCUCGAAAAGAGAUUGCAAGAUGUCUCAGGGCAGCUAGGAAAUUGCAAGAAACCUGCUAAGAAAGAAGACAGUAGUAAAUCCGUGGAUGUUGGUGGAACCGGAGGUGCAGGUGGACCAUCGAGACUAUCAGCAUCCAGUAGUAGUAGCAGCGACAGCGAUUCCAGCAGUAGUUCGCUUUCCUCGAGCUCCAGUGAUUCGAGCGACAGCGAAGCAGGAAAUUCUACUAAUCGUCCACCCAGAAAGAAAACCAAGAAAACUGCAACUGCUACCGCACCUUCAGCUCCUUCUGCUACGACGGCAUCGAGUUUGAACAGUACCGGCGGGCUGCUCGUCAAUAGUCAACCGCCAUCAAACACGACCUUACCAACUUCUAAACCUGCCGUAACGCAACCCAACAGUAUACCUACUGAACAAGGUAGGUUCAACGGAAGCACUGCAGCUCAGCCAAUAGCAGUGGUUCCGGUAACGGCUAAUCAAGGAAUACCCGUAGCUAGUCACGCCUCAAUGCCGCCACAGCCACCGCGCCCAAUCUCACUGGCUACCGCUGCCCCGACAAAGAAGCCCACACCUCCUUCGACCGCUUCGAACCCUCCGACGCCAUCUGUGUCCGUACCCACGCCACCUCCUAGUGUAACACCGACAAAUACAAGCACCAUUGUGACCUCACCUGUCGUCGCUCAGGCACAGGCACAGCCGACUCAGCCCUCAACGCCGGUCAGUUCCUAUCCGAACACAACAUCCUCUGUGACUACCGAUGGGACAGGGCUAAAUCAACAGACGGAUCUUCUCCAGCCUUUUAAUACACUAGCAUCCGUGCCCACAACGCAGACGGCCUUGGAACAGACGCUAUCGAACAUGAUUCAGCCACCAUCGACAACGGUCAACAAUACACUGAGUUUAUUGCCAGAUAUGAAAAAUCCUGUGAACAUGAUGCCAUCGAGUAUGGCGUCUAAUCUCAAUCUGAGCAACAUAAACAUGGCUAAUCUGAACAUGAACCUGCAACAGAGUCUCGCAUCUCAUCUAUCGCAUCCUUCUAUUCAUAACGCGCUGGACAAUAUGAUAAACACUACAUCGUCCAUGACGAGUAUACCAAACACACACAAUAUUACCAUGCCCCAGCAACACUCGAACGGCUUUGCCAAUAUCAAACGGGAGAGUUCACCUCCUAACAUGUUGAACAAUAACGGCGUCUCCGGAAUGAACAUGGGAAUGGGUAUAGGCAACAUGGCGAUGGGGUCGAUUUUCGACCCUCUGCCCAUGGUCAACAUGCCCGUGCAUAUUCCUCAAUUACCGAUCAAGAUGGAAGAGAAGCCCUUGGCUAUGUCGCAACCGCAAUUGCCUCAAAAAACUAUGGAUGCGGGAGCUCUGUUUGCAGAGAUGACUGCUAUGGGAAUGCAACCGAUAAGUAACCACUCAGGCUCGCAGCAUAUUACCGAAAAGAAGAUGACUCCACCCGACUCCAAGAAUCCAGCUACAACUUUCACUUCAACGUUUAAGAAUAAGACUGUGGAACCAAACGUCAAGAACCCAUCAUCCUGGUCUUCGUUGGCGCAAGCAUCAAGUCCCCAAUCGGCAGCUGGAACUAGUAUGAAAAGCACUGCAAGGGAUACUUUCCAAGCCUUCAAGAGACAAGCCAAGGAGAAACAAGACAGGCAAAGAGCGUUACUCGAGCAACAAGAAGUGCGUCGCCAGCAGCAGAAGGAGCACGCAGAGCGAGAAAGAUUGAGGCAGGAAAAUGAGCGACGGAGGGAACGAGAGGAAGAAGACAAUCUCGAUAAGGUCAGGAAAACUGUCGUCGACCCACAGACUACCCUGGUAGCUACAACGAGGGCGGAAGAAGUCAAGGCUGCCGUCGACACCGACAGCAGUAGUCCAGGGCACUCUUCUGGUCAAGACAAGGCAGCCGCUGAAAGAGAAAGACAGAGGUUGCGCGAGCAGGAACGACGUAGAAGAGAAGCGAUGGCUGGUCAAAUAGACAUGAAUAUGCAGAGUGACUUAAUGGCUGCAUUCGAAGAAUCCUUAUAAUGUUGCAAUGUGCUGCUCGUGACAAUGUUGUUUAGGCCGGGCAGGACUUUGGCGCGGUGUUUCGUUCUAUACACAUACAUAUAUAUAUAUAUAUAUUUAUAUAUAUAUAUAUAUACUCUUUCGCACCUCUUUUUUGUGCUGUUCCUGUUUCCUUCUGGCGCCGAGGGGUCGUACAAGAAAAAAUGGUGUUAAUAUAUAAUGUAAUUAAUUAUCCUACAAGGAUAAUAAAAGACAGAGAGAAGGAAAGAAGAUAGAGAAGGAGAGAGAGAGACAAAUAGUGCACUUAUAUUGUGUGUUACUUUAUGUGUUGGUGCAGUUGGGACAUUCCAACAAAAGUUAUAUUUAAAAUAAUUGUCUCUUGGAAGAUAUGGGUAUUUUUUUUUUUUUUUUUUUUUUCUCUCUGAAAACUUUCCUUCCUGGUAGAGAGAAGGAAAUAAUGAGUGUGACGAGGUGACUGUGUAAUCAAUACGGACACUAAAAGUGUGACCACCAUGUAAUUAGAUAAAAUAUACUUACGACAUACUUGGAUAAAAUGACUCUAUACUGACUUAUAUAUUAUUAUUGUGUUAAAUUUUCUGGUUUCAUAAGUUUGUACUUUAUGUAAAUUUUGAAGAUAAAAAAACGGAAGGGAAAACAAAACAAAGAGUAUCGCGAAGAAAUAGAUGAUGAAAUUUAAUGUGCUGUUAAUGCUGCCGCUAUUACUAUUACUGCUACUACUACUACUAAACUACUACUACUACUACUACUACUACUACUACUACUACUACUACUACUACUACUACUACUACUAUUACUGCUACUUCUACUCCUACUACUGCUA